CUUGCCCCUCCGAUGGUUGGGGAUUGUGUGAAUUCCAUCUGCAGCGGCCUCUCACCUUUUCCUGCCUAGGUUAUCCUUGUGGCUGUCAACUUGUGCUCAUCCGGCCUGACCUUUCAGGCAUGUGAUGGAACCAGGGUAUAUACGCACCCUGUUGUCUUUUUACUCCCACUACGGACCAGCAGAAUCCUAAACUCUGAUCUCAACCACCCCUGAAGAAGCCUAACCGGGCGAAAUAUAUAGGGUUUACCAACCAGGUUGCGAUCUCUGUUACAGUACUAAUGUCUGUUAUGGGAACUUUUUAACUUUGUACUCGUGAUCAGGUUGUUGAUUUGUGUAGUAGGCUUUUGUAUAGUCUAUGAUAUGCCUUACAACCUGACGCUACUCUGUGUUUUUUAAUAAAUCAUUAAAAAUUUAUAGUAUUGGUUCUAUCUUUCUUUACUGGUUUCUGCAUGCACCGUUAUAGUCCCGCCACUGUUCUACUUUCCCAUAUAUAAUUUUGGGAUGAGGUGCUAUUGUUAAAAAUACUAUUUUUUAGUCUAGACCAGUCAGAUCCUAUCCCUCUUUUUCCAAAUAUUCUCUUGGAUGUUUCAAUACAUCAUAUUUGGACCUGACUGACCUAGCAAUUUAUGAUUAAAUGCAAUGCUCUCCUGGCUCUAUCUAUGAACCUAUGAUAUUGGGAUUGUGAUACAUAUAUUGUUAAAUUGUGAAUAUCUUCUUAGGACUUAGCCUCCAUUACUUUGCCAUUUAGUCCCCUCUCCCUUGAUCCUCUUUCUGGAUCUUCUUCUGUUCCCUCUCUCCAGUUCUCUCCCACUGACAGUGUUUCUAGCACUUUGAGUGUGCAUCACUGUCACCCCCACUUGGUUGCCUUGUGCGGUGCAGAUCCCCACUUCACCAGCCACAGGGCACCCGGUGUAUGUGUUAUUGUUUUGUUUUGUAUUAUUUGUUCAGUUUUUUCUGCUGAUUUUUCCUCUCAGGUUGUCUUUUGCUGUCAGCAUGGCAGACUUUCGUGGUGCUGCAUGGGAAGGCUUUAUGUUCAAAAUUCAGUCCAAUACAAAUAAUGCUGAUAUAACUAUUCCCGAGCUUGAUCGAGCAUUCUCUAGAUUACAACGACUUUUGGAAAAGAAGGUCAGAAUAUUUUGGCAUAAACAAUAUUUUAUUAAAUAUGUUGAAAAUCAGAUCACCCCAUGGGGUCUAAGGAUACAAAUAUUCCCCAAUCUUAAAAAGGUAGAUGACGCCCUCAAACUUAGAUGGGAACAGAACUUACAGUCCUGUUCAUUUGAAAUGAUGAACAUCUUAUGCAACCAAUACGAAGCAGAAAUUGAAGAUCUUGAUGUUCAGGUUAACGCCUGGUACAUUGAACUUGUAUUAUCGAUAUCCAAUCCGCUGUUCAUUGAGAGGGAGAAAUCCCUAAAAGAACAUCUGGAAGAGUAUACUACUGACCUAAUCAAUUUUAAGGAGGGCAAAUAUCUUAGAGACAAGGCUGCUUAUGACAAUAAGUAUGCUUAUAAAUGGAACCAACCAACUUUCAAUAAAGCUACAGCUCACCCGCCUACACGUAACAUGCCUGCUAAUUUGACUAAUAUACCAAAUGUCACCUCUGUUUCCUCCACAGCAUCAAGUCAGUCAACUGUAUACCGAGAGAUGUCUCAUGAUCGUUUCCCACGGAAACGUAAAAAUGACCGAAAAUCCACGUCCUCAGAAUCUCUAUCACAAACCGGUCUCAACAUCACUAAGCGUCUACCUACUAACUCUUCUAUUUUAGACAACUUUCGUCCAUCUUCCUUAUCACGAAUUUUGCAUCCUGAUACCCCACAGGUGACGAAUGCCUUAUUAGCGCACCCUCCGCGAGCUCCGGCACUUACGUCGCCUCUGUUAAUGACACCCAAUACCACCCCGACGAGACGGGUAAGCGAACCCAAUGUAUCCUCACAUGUAUCUUCACUCUUUCCCCAGAGUUCGGCAAGUAUAGAUCCCAAGAUUGCACCAAUUUUUUUAGGCAAACAGAUGGAAUUGUCAUCCACCCCGAUACCCUCGAUGAAGUGAGCACGCCCUCUCUGGAUCUUGAGGUCAUCAAUCUAUCAUCCACUUUAUUAAGUGGACAUGAGAUUGAUGUCCUCAAGCUUGGACUUACAUUCUGUCCAUCCAUGGGAGGUGAUAAAUUUCAAAUGAUUAAAGACAUUCAUCUCUUUGCCCGGAAAUUAAUGUUCAAGGUCAUCUAUAAUAAACCAUCUAUCGAGUCAGACAAUAGCAAUUUUGAGCAACUUAAAAAUGAUGCCGAUGAGAUACAGGCCAUCGAGACUUUGAUGGAACUAU